AUGACAACUUACUUCUCACGCCUGAAUCCAGUGCCCGGCUUCCCACCAUACACUGGACCAUACACUGUUGGAACCCUCGACGUCGAACUGCCAGUCUCAGAACUCGAUUCGGCCUCACCAGCACCGGACAACGACAUCCCCACCGUCCAAUACCGUGUCUUCUAUCCUUGCGAUCCAGACUUCAAGGGUAAGAACAUUAGCUUUAUACCGAGCCCGCAAAGGGAAUAUAUCGCUGCGUACACCAGGUUUCUGGGCGCUGGAAAUGCGUUAUCCGAGUUUAUCUCGUUCUUCCCCCGCAUCCUCCACUACAUACAAAUACCUGCCCUCAAAAAUGCCCCUCUGCUUGAACCUCCUACACCUACGGGCCGAUGGCCCGUAAUGCUAUUCUCGCACGGGUUGGGCGGGUCAAGAAAUGCAUACUCCCAUAUCGCAGGUAGUAUCGCCUCCCAUGGCAUGAUAGUCGUAUGUCCUGAGCACAGGGAUGGGAGCACACCUAUCUCCUUUAUCCGCGACGUUCCUUCUACCAAUCCGAAUAAGCCUAGCGAGAAACAUAGUUGUGGUAGGAAAAGCAAGACAAAAGUGCAGUAUCAGCAAGUCGCGCACAAAGUGUCUCCUGAGGUAGAAGCAGGCCGGAACGCUCAACUACGAAUCCGACUAUGGGAAAUGGGACUCAUUUUUGACUCACUGGUCCGGCUAGACAUAGGCGAGAACCUCAGCAAUCUCAAUACUUCUACCACCCCACUCUCAUUAUUCAAAGAGAAAAUGGACGUGCAUAGACCAGGGAAAGUCACAUUCGCCGGUCACAGCUUUGGAGCCUCAACCAUAACGCAAUUAAUUAAAAGCACAUUUUACGCUCCCAGAAAUCCCGAAGCGCCCGUAACCUAUACGCCCCUCUUCACGCCCACCUCGCGCUCACACAUAUCUUCACAAAUCACCGCGCAAUCCCCCGCCAUCCUUCUCGACGUGUGGUGUUUGCCCCUACGCGCAGAGUCUACGCGCUGGCUCUGGGACCUUCCAUUCCCAGCUUACACCACAGGCGGCCAAGGCGGCGCGAGCUUGCUCGCUGUAGAGAGCCAAGCGUUUUAUGUAUGGCACGAGCAUCUCGCCGCCACGAAACGCGUACUUUCCCCUGAUCCGAGCACUACUGUACCAUUCGAUUAUGCCGCCAAGGGUGUAAAGGAACCGGCUUUUUAUUACGCCGAGAGCGCGGCGCAUCUCUCACAGUCUGAUUUCGGGAUCCUAUUCCCGUGGUUGACGAAGCGUUUUCUUGCUGUGGAAGACCCGGAAAGGAUCUUAAGGUUGAAUGUACGGGCUGUUGUUCAAUUGUUGCGGAAUAAUGGUGUUGAGGUUGGGAAGACGAGUCGUGAGGAUAUGGAGCUUGAAGAUGCGAAUGCUAAGGAGACGAAGGAUGAUGAGAAGAUCCUUGCUAAAGAGGGGGUCAGAGGGUGGUGUUGGAUCUCUACAAAUGUCGAUGAAGAUGGUGCGGAGAAAGGUGAGGGCCAGGUGGAGGAUUCUAAGAUCACGGAAGCGAGUGAGGCUGUUAUUGAGAACGAGUUGAUGAAAGAAACCGAGAGUGGGGCUGCGAAUUUGGCGCCACAAGAAAAAGCCUAA